CCUAAGUACAAAAAUCGACGGACCAAAAGCAUCAGAAGCCGAAUUAUCCACAAACCUUAAAGAGGACCAAGGAGACGAUCAUGCUGUUGCACUAUACCCGUCGCAGUAGGGCUAAGAUUCUAGAGCAGAUGAGCAAACCUAUGCCUACUAUCAGUGUAAUCUUAUUUUAUUUUUGUUGAUGGGAACUUAUGAUGGACUAAUAAUUAUUUGAUUUUAUCUUCUAACAAUAUAUAUAUAUAUAUAUAACGAUUGAUUAGCCGUUCGAGGCCAAGGGUUCGAUAACAUACGGUUUUUGUAGACUGCGGGAAGUGAUCUGUAAUGAUCAAUCUCCUUGUUGUAGCUUAGUCAAUCUUUAUGCUAAGAUGGGACUUCAUCGUUACAAUUUGUUUCAGGGGACAAACUAUCAGUUCAUUCUCGUAAAGAAGUACCACUACAGAUUGAUUAUUGCUGCUACCUGUUACUACAUAACUUUGGUUGCAAUGGAUCCAUCUACCUCUUUGCUCCACACUUUUCAUAUUAGAAUCGGUGAACGCAAAAUUGCCGGAUUUGUUUUGUUGUGCAAUAUUGUUAGAAUCCGAGGGGAAACCAAUAAGGACGAGAUCAUUUCAUGCGACUGGCCAGGUAGCAUGCCUGAGUGGCCGACAGAGGAUCCUUUCGACAAGAGAAAGCGAUUUUACGUGUUGAACAAAUCAGAGGUCCAAGACAAUGACUGGAUUCGUCUUUACUUGGAACUUGCAGUCGCCAAAUAUAGAAGUACCAACAUGGAUCCUGAUCUGUCCGACUUGAAGAUUGUGAAUGUGGCUAUAGAUACUAGCCAAGAUCUCAGUGAGGGACUCAAUGCCAAAAAUGCAACUGUCUACAUAAGUUACAAGGACUCGUGCGAGGCUCGGGUUGGUAAGGAUGUUGAUCGCAUAGCUGUAGUUAGAAGCACCUUCUGUGAGCGUACAGGACACUUCACUCUCAUGGGUAGGCAUCAGAGUUCAGAACUUGUACCAAAAAAGGGUGCGGAUCAGAGUUCAGAAAUGAUACCAAAAAAGUGCAAGUAUCAGAGUGAGAAUGACUCGUGUGAGGCUGGGGUUGGUGAGGAUGCUGACUGCAUUACAAGGAGAUUCAAUGAGGUUGGUGAGGAUGCUGACCGCAUUACAAGUAGCUUCAAUGAGCAUACGUGACGCCUCAGUCCCAUGGGUCAGCAGAAUCUGAGUUCAGAAAAAAGUUUGAAGUAUCAGCGUGUUAUCCGGCGGCGUUUAGGCGUCGUCAAACGGUGGCGGAUUUUGAGUCUUAGGUGGCCACAAGGCAUACAAAAACCAUGGUGUUGGCUUGGCUCAUCGUCAGCACAAGACAAGAUCCGUUUGAAAAUGUAUGUAAGAUAGUAAACUAUUUACGGAGGGCGUUGUGGAUAUGCUUUUCUUGUUUAACAGCUAAGUGUAAGAGAUAGUUAAACAUGGGAGCAAGCAAUGUUUCCGGAGAAUUUCAGUCUCGCCACGGAAGGCGAGCAAUCUUCAUUAUAACCAAUUAUAAAGAACAAUGUCACCAGAGGGUCAUACACUCAUACUCAUCAAAUCCAUUUAUAUCUACAA